CUCUUUCUUCACAAGACACAAUGAGAUUAACAGUACUCUGUGUGUGUGGGACCCUCGUGGCCUUUUUAAGUCUCUCUCGAACCAGAGCGGAGGAAGGGAUUCCCCUGGAAGACAGAGGAUUUGGACCCUGCCUUGCGACUUUCAGACCGGUAGGAGCGUGCAAACCUGGGGAGCACGACAGCACAUGCCCUUACCACAUCAGUUUGCCUCCUCUUGAUGUUCAUUUGCCUCUACAUUUUUUGGGGCUGGAGAACAUCAUGCAGGACCUCCAGAACCUAAAGGACAGUGUCGAUGAACUUAGGGAGAUGUGUGCAGACUGUACAGGGGGUCGAGCUGGGAGAAACUGUGGGAAGCAAAGUGAAAGAGAGCUGAAAGGAGGUAAGAACAUGCAUGAGGACAAGACGCUUGAAGAGAAUGACGGAGAUUUUAAACAUGAGUGUGGAAAAGAUAGUGGUAAUGUGGAAAUGAUGGAGGCAGAUAACAACAUGGGAACAAAUCUGAAAGACAGAAACAAAUGGGAAAUAGGAGAAUCUGCAAAAGAAAAUGAAAGACAAAAACCUGUGGCAGAGGGUGCAAGAGAAGAGGACACAUUAGAGGGAUUAAAGACACCAACUUCUGGUGGAAACUUGCAAACUGUUAAUGUGACAGAAGAAAAGGUUGUUGAGACAAAUCCAGAAGAAAGUGUGACGAAAUAUCAAGAUAUAUUUGAGAAAAAAAGAGAAAAAACAACAGAAGAAAGUGACCCUCUCAUGUGGGAAGAUAAGAUGAAGAAGCUGGAUGAAAAUACCAAAGCUGAAGCCUUUGAUAAAAUAAAGAUGUCUAAGAACCACACGGUGAAUACAAAUAAGAAGCUGCAGAGGGAAAUGGAAAAGGAUAUAAAAGUGGACCCAAAUAAAAAGAAACCAAAGCAGAUGGAGAGGACUGGGCUCACAGAAAAAGGCAAAGAGAAUAAAAGAGAGAGCGUGCAGAGAGACGGCAUUAAAGAUACACCGUCUAUUAAGACAACUGAAAAGACAGACCUUUUUUCGAUCAGCCCUACUCCGCUUACAACAGGAUUAACUUCAGUGCCGGACCCGAGCGACACUAAAAGCUUUACAUCAUUUGUUCCAUCACCUUCUCUGAUCAGCCCCACUUUAAGCUCCAUCACAGAUGUGAUGACAGAUGUCAUUCGAAAUCCAAAAGAUGGUUAUGGUCUAAGGGGAAGCAAGGAGCCCCAAGCGGCUGGUGUUUCAGAGGCCAGCCGCCAAGUUAAGGUAAGGUUACCCACAACAACAGCAACAAUAUCCACAGUGGGUGGCCAGAAGCAGCAGAUAACCAAUGAUGUGGCAGGUUUAACCAUGAAAACGCCACAUUCUUAUCAGAUCUUAUUCAUAACAACCUCACCCAAAAUUACAGAUCGCUUUGAUGGAGAACCGAAAAGGAACGUCAGCUCAAAAACCAAGACUGGUCUGAAAGUGUCACCAGUCAGAGCAACAAAUCCCAGUGAAAUGCAUAAAUCUGGAAUUAAACCUGAAGCAGGGAACAGACUAAAGAAUGCCAAGAAUGACUCUAAACAAAACCAAGGUCCUUCAACCAGAGGAAAAACUAACCCUAACCCAAAGCAGAAGCCUCACAAACCCAAAGAUACAAAAUCCAAACCUGGAAAAGACUCAAAACAAACACAAAGUAAAAAACCUGGUCAAAGAAACACACCUCAGAUUUCAAAAGCUGAGGGAAAUAAAAAACAACAUAUGAUGUAUGAGCAGGAAUAUGAAGUUACUAAUGUAAAAUCAAAGCAGAAUUCCUCAACCUCUGUCAAGACAACUGCAGCCCAAAGACCUCAAACUGUAAAUUCAACACAUUCAGGUAAAUAUACAUUAAUCAACAGCAAUUUUCAUAAAACUUCAAAGACUGAUCAAAAUUUAAAGGCCGAAAAAGAAUCAAUUCAACUAUUCAUUAACAAAACAUCAGACCAAGAGUCAGUUAAAAAGCUGGAUAGUGACGAAAAAAUCAACAACGGUUUUGAAUCUAUCCAAAAUCAUAAUUAUGUGCCAAAUCCAACUACUACUACCAAUCAUCUGAUGAAUAAAUCCAUUACAAAGAUCCCAACAAUUGAUCCCAGACCUGAAGGCAUCACAGAAUUUGAAACAACACCAAAUCCAAACCAAAAAACUUUAAACAAUUCAAUUGGUAAGAAUGAAGAACAUAUUGCACAAGAACUGAAAAAAAGUCCAGAUUCAACAUCUGGACAAAACACAACCACCCAUCAAUCUCAUACAGCUCUUGGUAAUAUGAAUGAUUUCAGCCAGGAAAAACUUGAACCUUCCCAAAAUUUUAAAAUAGACACAGCAACCCAAUUAAUUGAGUCAGUGGACAAGUCUGAAGAAAGUUCCUCCCAGAACACCAAAUCUAACCCAGAAUUAAAACCUGGAAAGACAUCUGAACCGGAUCAUGCAAGUGUAACUCGCCUUAAAACCAAACCAGAAUCAACAACUGAAACUUUUCCUGUAUCUAACAAAAGACAAACAUCUAAAGAAAAAACAAAACAAGCUAUAUUAAUUGAGCCGGUGAUCACACCAGGUGGAAAUCACUCACAUAGUCCUAAAUCAGAGUUAGAUAUAACACCUCAAAGGUCGGUUGCAACAGAUGAAGCUGCUGAGACCCAUCACCUGAAGAACAAUUCCAGUCAGCCAAUUACAAAAACUAAACAUAAACCUAAACCUUUCAGCCCUAAAUCCUCAAAAAGCAAACUAACAGAUUUACCAAAACAAAACCGAAAACAUUCCGUCCAUUUGGAAAAUAAGCCUGAAGUAAACCCCAGGAGGAAUUCUAAAAAUCAUCCCAGUUUAACACAGAAAAUUAUAUCUGAUAGAGCUAAUGCAACACUAGAUUAUGAGAAUAAAACUAGCCAGGAAGACCACCGGCCUAAACUCAAACCUGAAGCUAACGACUUUAAUCCUGAGAUAGCAGACACAUCUGAUAAAAAUUCCUUGCAGAAGGUUAAAUCAAAUCCACAUCUAACACCUGGACAGACAUCUGGUUUAGAUCAAGCAACAAAAAAUCCUGAUCAGAAGAGAAAAUCCAAUGAGGAUAAUCUUAAAGAUAAACACAGGCCAAAAAAUAUCCAAGAGUUUAAGCCUAACAAAACUGAAACAGCGACACUAAAAUCAACACAGAAACCUUUGCCAGAAUCAGCAAAGCAGUCUGAAGAUCUGCAGGAAACUACACUGUAUGCAGACUUAAAACCUGGAUCAACACUGGCACUGAAUCAGACAACUACUACCCUUGAUCAGAUGAAUACACAUCACAAACAAACUUCUCGAGAUUCCAACUUAAACAAAAGUCAAACAGAAACACAAAAGCCUUCAAAUGAGUCAUGGGGCAGGUUUGAAGAACGAGUCCUUCAGGAACCCACAUCUAACCAACAUUUAUUACCUGGACGAACAACUGCUACAACUUAUCAACUGAAUAAAUCUGAUCAGGACCACCUAAACACUAAACACAUUUCAGAAAAUAAACUCAAUUUUAUGUCCAACAAGAAUAUAACAGCAACACUAGAACCCCCAAAAAAACAUUUACCUGAAUCAGCGGACAAGUCUGAAGAUAAUUCUUUGAAGGAGACCGAACUGUAUUUAGUUUCAUCACAUGAGAAAACAUCUACAUCAGAUCAGGCAACAACAAAUUCGGAUCAAAUACAAAAGAAUAAAAGUGAAUACAUUAAAACACCAACUUCUAGAGAGUUUAAAGUCACCCAAAUUGAAAAAACACCUUAUAAAACGUCAACGGAGUCAUUGGACAAGCCUGAAGAAACAUCUUUGCAGGGGCCUACGCUUAAUCCAGGUUUAACAUCUGGACAUACAUUCACAUCGGACUUCGCUACUGCAGCCACUAAUCAGAUGAAGAAAUCAAUCAACAGUCAAAUUGAAACUGCAGUUUCUCAUGAGUCUAAAUUCAACAAAAGUAAAACAGGAACGCUAAAACUAUUGGCUGAGCAACGGGAGAAUUCUGAAGAAGCAUCCAUUCAGGAACAAAUGCCCAAACCAGGUUUAACACCAGGAGAAACAUCCUUACCAAGUCUAGAUAUUGUAACAACAAAUCAGAAAAAUGAAUCCACCCAUUACCAUCAUAAAGCUAAUCGCAAUAACUCUAAGUCUAGUGAAAUUGAAACAGCAAUGCCAGAAACCAACCAAAACCCUUUAUCUGAGUCAAAGGAAAAAGAACAAGAGGGUAAAAGCAAUACAGAUACAACAUCUGCACCUAUUCAAGAUAAAAAACAACUGGAUCAUAGGUUGGAACCUAGCCACAAUGCUCCUAACUUUAGUAAUACUCCACAACCUGGUCAAGAGCCAAACCUAAACCAGAAAAAUAACAAAGUACAACAAACCGAUCAAAGACUGCAAACAUCCAGGCCUUAUCUAAAACAAAUAUCUGCAGGUGAGCGAGUUCUUAAAACAGAGUACAAUAAAACAUCUAAACUACAGCCUCCUUUUCGACACAUGCCUUCAAUGAGAACCUCUGUCAGACCAGGGGUUAAACCUAUCCAACGGUCAAAACAAGCAGGGAGACUGCAGCCAAGUCCACAAACCAAAACAGAUCCACCUCGGAUCAGCUGGGCUCCUUCAGACAAUACCCUACGCUCUCGUACUGACAUGCCACCUACAUCUAACCUCGUAAAACAGAUUCCUGAAAUGAGUCAUACCCCGGGGGAAACAGAGUUCAGCACCAGUGUGAAAAGCACCAUAACUCUGAGUCCAAAGCCCUCUAACAGCUUGGAAACUGGAUACUCCCCUGCCCCUCGCACACACCCCAAAGACGUCAUAUUGAGCCAAAACACAAGGAUUACGUCUGAUCUGAGGCCACAAACAGCCGGAGCACAAUCAUCUGUCCCAAUGACAACAAGACCAAACAAAAUCAACCAUGGGAUCCUCCCAAAUGUUAUCACUAGUCUGGGCCCAGAAGCUAUACAGCCUAGCAUAGCUCCCAAGUCUAAGCCUAAGACACUUCAUGAGGAGGAAAGUCCUCCCGCAAACCCAGUUCCUUCCCCCAUUUUGGAAACUACCCCCACAAACAGCCCCGACUACUCCGCAACCACCUCCACCUCUGACCCUCAGCUUCCACCUGCAGAGCCUUCGAGUCCCAGUCCACGAGAGCUACGUGUGAAAAUCAACCAGGUGGCUGCAUUUGUCAACAACAGCCUAAUUCCUAAAGUAGGACAAGAAGGGCUUCCCAAGGAGCGGCCUGAGGGAUCUGAUGGAGACAGGGGGACUAAAAGGACUGAUGGUAAAUUGUCAACAUCCACAGCAUUUAAAGCAAUAAGAGACUGCUCCGACCACAUGCUUAGAGGAAGGAGCAGGAGCGGUGUUUACAUGGUGACCCCUGACCUCCGCAGCAGCAGCUUUCAGGUGUACUGUGAUAUGGAGCUGGAUGGUGGAGGAUGGACCCUCCUGCAGCGUCGCCAGGACGGCAGGGUGAGUUUCAACCGCACCUGGGUGGAGUACCGGGCCGGCUUCGGGGUGCUGGACGGAGGGGACUUCUGGCUGGGGAACAACAAGAUACACCCACUGACGCGGGACAGGGACAUGGAACUGCGGGUGGAGCUGGAAGAUUUCCAAGGAGUGACUGGGCAUGCGCAGUACGAGUAUUUCCGGGUUGCCAGUGAGCGGCUGCGCUACAGGCUGACGGUGGGCGGGUACUCAGGUACCGCAGGUGAUGCUCUGCGCUUCAGUAAAACCUACGACCACAACAACAGGGCGUUCACCACUCCUGACAGGGACAACGACCGGUACCCCUCUGGGAACUGCGGGGCCUACUACAGCUCCGGCUGGUGGUUUGAUGCCUGCAUGGCUGCAAACCUGAAUGGCAGAUAUUAUACUGCUGGGAGAUAUAAGGGGGUUCGGGAUGGUAUUUUCUGGGGGACAUGGCACAAUAUAUCGUCAGAGUACUACCCAACCAAUGAGAGACAGUCUUUUAAGUCUGUGAGGAUGAUGAUCCGACCAAAGAGCUUUGGGUCACAUUAACAGAGCAAACAUAAAAUGCUCCAGUCAAGUUUUCUUUCAUUUCAACCCAUUUUAUUAUCAACUCAGUGCUGCCACCUUGUGGCCAUAAAUACAUUACAGAAAUUGUGCAUGUGCUUUAAUUCCCAGUCUUUAGAACCCCUUACAAAUAAUUUCUUGCGUUCCAGCAAUUGUAAUGCCCACAUAUGGGCAUAGGCUGGUAAACUAGGAGAUAAUAGAAUAUUCUAAAACAAUAUCAGAGUUAAACUGACUUAUUUUUCCAACAAUAAUCUCAGACAUGCUCUAGUUACACUUAUUCAAAACAGAAUAAUGAGAUUAUUACAACUACUACCAAAAAUUAAAAGCAGAAAGUAUAAAAUAGCCUAGAUUGCUUGCUCAUGCUGAUUUAAAAGUUGUUUUCAAGAAAGCAUGCUGGUUUUGAUGAAUCAGCUUACAGUGACAUUGGACAAUUUCAAGUUCCUGAAUAUGUGGGAACCGGUCCCAACUCCUCCUUCUUACGAUGUUACUUUCCUUGUGCACUAAGUAAUUCCUAGAGGAAUUGAAGUUGUUAAAGAUGAGUAGGACCCCAUGAAAAGUAUUUGCAUUAUGAAUGAAAUGUCAUUAAAGUUCAUGUUUGUAUAGAGCUGAGCAUCUCAAUACAUAUGGCAAUAUAUUUGAUUUCAAAGAUCAGCCUAUUGGUUGACUUGUAUCAUUCAUCAUUCAUUUGAAAAUAUAUUUUGUUAAUGAUGCAGUUUAUGACAGGCUAUGUUUUUUAGCUA